ACUUGCAUCUCCAAAAUCUUCCUUUUUUCUUCUCAUGCUCAAUCGUAAGCACGUGUCCGCCUUUUAAGAAUUUAACUUGUCUUUCUGGAAGAACCCAAGCGAAUCUAAGCGAAGAAGUAUGACCAAGGGAACCACUAGCUUUGGCAAGCGCCACGUCAAGACGCACACGAUCUGCCGGCGCUGCGGAUCCUCGUCGUACCACAUCCAGAAGUCGAAGUGCGCCGCCUGCGGGUAUCCCUCGCCGAAGACCAGGUCUUUCAACUGGUCCCGCAAGGCCAAGUCGCGGAAGGCCCAGGGCAACGGAAGGAUGCGCUAUCUGAAGAAGGUGCGUCGUAGUUUCCGGAAUGGACUCCGCGAAGGAGGUCGCGCCAUGAAGAAGUCCGCCCAGUAAGAAAGGGCUCCCAACGAAUGGCCAAUAAAAGCUAAAGUAAUGGACAGGAUCUGAA